AUGACCAAACUUGACAUCAACUCAAUUGCUAUCAUCGGAGCUGGCCCAGGUGGUCUUGCUUCCUUGUACGAAUUUCUCCACACGAACAAGGACGGUUCGUCCACUGCUGGUGGUGAAGUUUCAAAAGACCCCAGAUUCACCAAGCUUGUUGCUUUUGAGCAAAAGGACAAGGCCGGUGGAAUUUGGGCACCCUCUUUGGAACAGGCAGAUUUGCGCGUCCCACCCCAAGCUGCUUUGGACACCCAGAAAUACAACGAUCCUGACGUAAUUCACCCUACUGUGGAAAUUCCCCUGGACUUGAAAGGUGCUACCAGAGAAUCUCCAGUAUCCCUCAAGGAAAACACUGAAAUUUCGGAAUUGGAAUGGAGAAGAUCUGGUGUCUACCCAGACUUAUACACCAACAUUCCUUCCAGAUUCACCAGAUACUCAUACCUUCCAAAUGAAGAAAAGUACUUGGACAAGUCUAGAAAGAUCUACCCUUUUUUGCGUCAACAGGAAUUGACUCAGAGAUUCACCGAUUUCAUUGAAAAAGAACAUCUUUACGACUAUAUUAGAACCAACACCACUGUUGAAAAGGUCGCCAAGAAUGAUGAAGGUAAAUGGGUUGUAACUGUCAGAGAAAAGGACUCCAAGACAGGAAAGGAGAACUGGUACCUGGAAGAAUUUGAUGCUGUUGUUAUCUCUAAUGGUCACUACACUGUUCCUUCUAUUCCAGUUAUUGAAGGUUUGGCCGAAUACAACAAGAAGCACCCAGAUGCCAUUGUUCAUGCCAAGUCGUACAGAACUGAGGAAGAAUUCAGAGACAAGAACACCUUAGUUGUUGGUGGUAGUAUUUCGACAGCAAAUCUCUUGCAAUACAUUGUUCCAGUUGCCAAAAAGACUGUCAAUUCCAAGAGAAACAUCCAUUUAGUCUUCGAAUGGAUUAAUGAUGCCUUGGUCUCCGACGGUAUUAUUGCCAAGGGUGAAAUUCAAAAGAUUGACCCAGAUACCGGUGAUGUCACUUUCAAGGACGGUUCUGUUGAGAAGGGAAUUGAAAAGAUUCUCUUAACAACUGGCUACCACUACCAUUACCCAUUCUUAAAGGACCACUUGAACGUUAUUGAUCCUUCUAAUCUUUCGCGUGUCGCCGGUCUCUACUACGACACCUUCUCAAUUGAAGACCCUACCCUUGGAACUGUUGGUAUUGCCAUUUCCCAAAUCAAUUUCCACACCAUCGAAGCCAGCGCUGCAGCUCUUGCUGGUGUCUGGUCCGGAGCCAAGACUUUGCCCACUAAGCAAGAACAGCAAGAGUGGGAAGACAACCUUGUUAAGGAAAAGGGUAACAACUUGAUUUUCCACUACUACACCCACAACCAAGUCAAAGAUGGAUUCAUCGACAAACUUGAGCCUUACUUCCCUAAUGGCAGAUACAAUCCAUUUGUGGAAGACCACAAGUACAUUGAAGAAGUCGAUGUUGGUAUCGAAAACUUGAGGAAAUUGUUCUACGAGUUGAAGGACCAGAAAAUCCCUAAGAGUGCUACUUUGUAG